AUGGUUAUGCAAAAGUUGAAAAUUUCUGAUGAAAUGUUGUUGCCAUCUUCUGGUGACCACAUUGCCACAAUAGUUGAUAGUAUAUUUUCAAUGUUCAAGGACGGUGGUUGCCAGCUACAAUACAUGGAAAAUCGUGCUAUUCUAGUGUCAACACUUGAUGUGGUCAAUGCGGUAAAUGAAUAUAUGAGUGAUUUGUAUGUUGCUCAGAGCAAGACCUACCUAAGUUGCGACACUGUUUGUAAGUCGGAUUCAACAAAUGGUAUACUAUAUGAUAUGCACACUCCAGAAUUUCUAAAUGGGUUGAAAGCUUCUAGCAUACCAAACCAUUAUUUAACUUUAAAGAUUGGAUCUCCUGUAAUGCUGUUGAGAAAUAUAGAUCACUCAAUGGGUUUUUGUAAUGGCACAAGACUUAUCAUUACUAGGUUAUCUGAUCAUGUUGUAGAAGCAAAGAUUGUCACGGGGCACAAUGCCGGCCAUGUCGUCUUGAUACCAAGGAUAAUGUCAAUGACCCCAACUGAUACAAGAUUGCCAUUUAAAUUUCAAAGAAGGCAAUUUCCUCUUAUGCUGUGUCAUAUGCAAUGA